CACAACCAUAGACAUACAGAACCAUAAUAACAGAGACAUUCUCUGAUAAUAAUUGAAGUUUAUUUUCGGUUAUAUAUUUGUUGUCUGACACAUAAGCUAGGUCCGUCAUGUCUGAUGAAGAAGAUGAUUAUAUGUCAGAUGCGUUUCUUAGUAAAAUACAAGAUGUAAAGCCUGGAAUCCCGAUGGCAAAAAGGGUGAAAGAGGCCAUGAAGAAAGAGAUCCAGCACACGAAAAAGAACGUUGAGAACCGCCAGAAGACCAUCAAGCAGCUGGAACAGGAGAGCCGAGAAUCAGUACUUCAAAACACCCUCAGCAAUGAAAACAAGGGAUUUGCUCUUCUGCAGAAGAUGGGCUACAAAGCUGGACAGGGUCUCGGAAAGCAGGGGGCGGGGAGAGUUGAACCCAUCCCGCUGAACAUAAAAAUGGGUAGAGAAGGCAUUGGGAUGGAGGAGGUCAAGAAGAGGAAAGCCGAAGAGGAACUUCAACACUAUCAUCAGAAAGUGAGGGCUAAACAACAAAAUGAGAAACAAUCCAUGGAAGACUAUAGGGUAAGGGUGAGGUCAGAGAGAGAAGAGAGGAAGAUUGAAGCGGACCUCAGGAGGAGCCAACGGGCCUGCGAGCAACUUGACAAUCAGAAGAGUGUCACUGUUCCCAGAGAAGACUGGUAUUGGCCUAAAGUGGACCUCGAAGAGGAGAAAAACGAAGGAGAAGAAGAGGAGGAGAAGGAGGAGGAGGAGGAGGAGGAGAAGGAGGAGGAAGUUGAAGAUGCAGUGGAGUUGACGUCCAUGGAUAAGCUACAGAUUCUGACGUCGUAUCUGAGGGGGGUACAUUUUUACUGCAUAUGGUGUGGGACCACCUAUAAUGAUGAAGACGAUCUGUGUUCAAACUGCCCAGGGGAUACAGCAGCCGACCAUGACUGAUGUCCAUCUCUUUCUGAACUUGUACAUUGGAGAAAGUUUGUCUAUAUGUGUGACUGUAUACUGAUCAAUGUUAUUUUUGAGGAACCCUCAUUUUUGAUAACACUGGAACAACUUCAGUUUUUCUAUGUUUUGUUGUAUAUAAGCCUCUUCCGUUGUAAGAACAUUUUUAAAACGAGUAUUAAAGUGAGAUUACAUCUCAUAACAACGCA